AUGAAAGACAACCUCUCAAGUAUGCUCUCAUCAAUUCUUGAAAAACCUUACAGACGUAUCGACCUUAAGAAAAUCUUGAUUACUCUACCUGAUGGAUCUCAACAUAUAUCCUCAGAUCCAGACACUGUGAAAUCUCAUACAAGAAUUCACUUCUCAAAUAUUUCUAGCACAGCAAAUAAUCCACCUCCUAAUAACUUAUGGAAUGAGUGGGCUCAUGUCUAUCAACCCCUAAACUACAUCAAACCUGAAUGGUAUGACUCCAUACUUUCACCUAUUACAAAAACUGAAUUAUUAAAUAACAUAUCAGAUCUCCCUUUAAAAAAAGGUGCUGGACCAUCAUCAAUCUCAAAUGAAAUGCUAAAACAUCUGAAUCCAGAUACCAUAGAAAUUUUGCUUUCACUAUUCAACAGAUGCAUAUCCACAUCUCAUAUUCCAUCAGCUUGGAAACAUGCCAAUGUUUAUCCCAUACCAAAACCCAAAGAAUGGCAUUAUCAACUCACACACACUCGUCCUAUUACAUUAUUAGAAUGCACUCGAGAACAAAUCAAAUAUAUAAUAAAUCAUGUCCUUGCACCUAAACUAGAAUACAGGUAUCAAACCACUUUCUUCUCUAAAAAAGAAUGUAAACAAUUACUUUCCCCUAUCACAAAACUAUUUAAAAACAAACUAGGUCUAUCUCGAGCAUUUCCAAACUCUGCUAUUUAUCAUCCACAAUUUUACAAUCUGUUUGACUAUUGGCAACUACAAUGUCAAUCAAUGAUUACAAACUUCAUUGUUCGUAUUAAUGAUCCAUCACUCAUAGGUAAAAUAACAUAUAUGCAACUAAAACAACUUCAAUCUACAUUAUGGAUCCCUUUCUGCCCAUUAUUGAUGACACAAGCACUUCCUACAAAAUUAAACAACAAAAAUAUUACAGCUGCCUGUGUCACAUUAAUGAUUUCUUCUCAUAUAUCAUGCCAACCUUCAUCUUCUUUCAUCUCCUCUUUUAACAUCAAAGGUGGCAAUGUCCCAUUGAUAAACAUUAUACAAAAUCAAUAUUUCAAGAUAAUACCAUUACUCAAAAAACACUCAAUAUUUUUCUUAGAACAAUUACUUUCAUGUGAUUGUUCAACCUUUCUCCCAAUAAACAUGUUAUUUCAUAGACUACCUCUUAGUAAAUUUCGUAGGCCUCCUAAAUGGUACAAUAUACUUAAAUCUCAAUUAUGUCAACCACAAACAAAUUUUUUAAACAAUAUAUCAAAUUUACCUCACACCAAUCCAUUCAUUUUCCCUUCCUUAUACACACCUCCAACUGACAUGAGACACAAACCUAUAAUAGCAUCCAUAAUAAACUCUGAUCUCAUAAUAGCCAAGCGUAUAUCAUCUACAUUGUACAGACAUUAUAUAUUGAAUAAUACAAAUACAGAUAUUAAUACAAUUUCACCAUGCACAGGAUAUAUAGUUGAGGAUGUUAGAGAAGAAUGUUCUAAAUUUGGUUGCAUCAUUGAUAUGAAAAUUCCUAGACCAGGUCAAUCAACUACUGGUGUUGGCAAGAUUUUUGUAAGAUUCGAUUCUGCAGAGGCAGCUGGUAUAGCACUUCGAGCACUUGCAGGAAGAAAGUUUGCUGAACGUACAGUUCUUACAUCUUAUUUUGCUGAAGAACAAUACUUUGCAGAAGACACUUAA